UUGAUCUCGCCAAUACUCUAAUAUUGUUCCAUGAUUAUGACAUUGUUGCAACUGCCAUUCCAAUUGCUGAAUUGCUCGUCUAUUCAAGAGCUGUGUUGCAAACUGUUCAUGUAAUAUUGUACUGA